AUGCCUGGCCUUCCCGAGCCCACUGCGGCCGAGAUAUGGCGCAAACGCAAGCGUGACGAGGAAUCCUCUCGGUACGUCGACCUGUACCUACAGAGAAACGCGAUGUUUACCCCGACCCUCCUAACCCAUCCAUCCAGCACCGCAUUCCUCCCAUGGACAGACCAAGAUCAAUCAUACAACCCUGCGCCCGCAGACAUUUCGUUCCGUCCCCGCUGUCUUCCUCGCAAACGCCGCAACACCUCCGUCAACACCCAGCCACCCUACCUCAGCAUCCCGCAACAAAACAACACCCUCCUCUCGCCCAAUGUCUACGCAACACCACACGACCCUUACUCACCCCCCGUCUCGCCGAAAACUCUCGUUCCGAUCCCCUAUCCCGCGGGAACAUCAACAACGGCCCCAACUUCCAACACAAUGAGCGCAGCCGCGCUUCGACCAUGUCACAUCUGCCAUAGAAGACCAGCAACCCGCUCCGUCCUCGACGCCUACGCAGACUGUGACCUCUGCUCCGAGCGAGCAUGUUUUAUUUGUCUGCGUCUGUGUGACGGCGAAAACUGCUCCGGUGCACCGUCCCGCUCUCCCGACCUGCCGGAUCUGUACAGUCCCGGCGAGGAACUGGAUCUGGACCUUGGGUUUGGGGAUAGACCGCGUCGGAAGAUCUGUUCUCGCUGUGCGGUUGAAAGUGUCACCGAGACGGGAUUGGAGAUUGUUAGGUGUCUCGAUUGCAUGCGGAAUCCCCAGCCCAGCGUAAAUCCGUGGAAGGAAACCUGGGAUGGGGAUGUAAGGAUGUGUGGGUGA